CCUGGACUUGAGGGGACUUGUUUUUGCAUCUAGUUCUCUGCACUCCUGCAAUCGGCUCACGAGCUCACGAUACAUCGCAAGAUCGCCACCUCGCUAGACGACAACUUGCCCGAGUUGAGCAGAUCAUCGCACAUCGUUGCAUCCGAGCUGGAGCCCGCGUGGUCGAUUGCGCCCUAUUGCGCGCUGAUCGAUCCGCACGUCUCGCCUCCUCUCCCACUCUUCACUUUGCCUUCCUCCUUUCGCUCUUCUCUCUUCACCGAACAUGACGGACUCGGCCGUUACUACCCCCGACGACGACAAAAUCGACGCGAUGGAGGAGAGGAAGAGCAACCGUGAAAUGAAGAUGAAAUGCAUCGGCAAGGAGAAUCCGCCGUGCAAUCGCUGCCGGCAGAGCGGGCACGAGUGUACCUUUGACGGUCCACGCAAGAGCAAGGCCAGCAAGGUUGAGGAUCGGCUCAAGGUGGUAGAGGAGCAGAUGGGCGUCGUGCAGCGCUCUCUGACUGAACUGAUCGCUUUGCAGAGAGCUACUGUGCGCGCAGUUCCUCAGUCUGCCUAUGCGAGUCCGCCCUUUCCCGGUCAGCCACCGCUACCAAGCCCACCCGCUCCGGUGUACACUUCACCUGUGAUGUUAGCGCCGCCACCGCGGGGCAUGUUGCCCUCCUCUUCUGGCAAGGCGUCACAUCCCACCUACUGGCAAGCAGGUAACACCACUACCGGGUACAUCAACCAGGAGCCCAAUCCCGCGAACAUUUCCACCAAGGCAGCCAACACCUCAUUCACAGGCACUUCCUACUCCCAGUAUACCUCCCCUCAACCUGCCUCCCAGGCUCCACCGUUGAUCAUGCCGAAGUGGCGCACGACGCCGCCAAACGGCGGUGAACGUGCCGAGCGCGCAUCGAAUGAGCGUAGGCGCACGCCCUCGCUCCCCCCUGACUCGGGCGCCCCCAGCGAUGACGAAGAUGAUCCGCUCGAACCUAGUGCCGUUAUCUACAAUAACAUGCUCUCCUUGGCCGAGGCCGCCCGUCUCAAGGCAGACGGGCAGGAUGGGGAAGAGGAGGCGCCGACGAUACACCCGCCCCCGAAAGUGUUCAAUUAUGAUCUUGAGCCGGGCCGGCCGCGCAAGAAGGCUCGACUUUCCGACCCGCAACUGCGCCGUGCGCUCCCCAUCCAGCGCGGAGAUAACACGCAGUGGCGCAACCCCGUGCAGAUGGGCUUCUGUAGCGAAGCAAGGGGACGCGCGCUCUUCGACCUCUUCAUGCAGGCGCAGGUGUAUGUGCCGAUUUUCGACCCCGAUGUCGACACAUGGGAUAGUUUGUGCGAGCGUUCCCCGUUUGCUGUAACUGCCAUUGUCAUGGUCGGCUCGAAGAUUGAGGACGCCGGUGGACCGCCAAGCGCCCUCCAGAAGCAGUGCCGCGAGCAUGCCGAGAAGAUCGGCAUGCACACGCUUUUUACGCCGGUUGCGCGUAUCGAGGUACUCCAGGCCAUGAUCGUCAUGGCGUCGUGGGGUGAUACCUCGUGGCGCCCAGGCGGACACGCACUGCGUAUAGCCAUGGACAUGGGUCUGUACCGCUGCCUUCCCUAUCUGAGCCAGACUGGCAUGGGCGCAGGCAAGAGCGCGGCAGAGCUCGCGGAUGAGCGUCCCCUGGUGGUCGGCGCGCGUCUAUGGCUUGCGUUGUACAAGUCCGAAUUUGAGAUGGCGUUCAACCUCGGGCGUCCAGCGCUCUUUGCCGCCGAGGACACAAUUACGCACGCUCGCCGUUUCCUCGAACAUCCUCUGACAAUCCGCACGGACUCGCGCCUCGUGGCCACCUGCCAGCUCUUGACGCACCGCCUGCCGCUCCACCAGCCGUUCAGCAUAUGGCCGAGUGCGACCCGCAUCCCGGACCUCGACCGGCGCAUUGAGAGAGCGAAUGCCGCCUACGCCGCCUGGUUUAAAGAGUGGGACGCCUACUACGAGGGCCGCGAGCCCAAGUCGUCAUUCCUCCGCGAGAGCCUCACCACGCAGUACAGCCACGCGCUGCUGCACACGAACAGCCGUAUCCUGCACGGCGUGCGCUCGCGCCGGGACAUGGCUCACCUGAGCGAGCAUCGCGCCCAGUGGCUGCGUCAGGCCCUCACGUCCGCCCUGACCCUCGUCGAGAUGGCGCUCCGCGGCGAGGCGUACCGCACUAACUUUGCGAAGGCCAACUACUACACACACAUUGGCGUCGCCUUUGCGGCUCGCAUGGUGAUCCGUCUCACGAGCCUCAUGCCCGACGCCGUCGAUCUGCGUCAGACUAGCCGCGACCUGGAGGCCGUCACCAAGAUCCUUGCGCUGGUUCCCGGCUUCCAGUUUGCCCAGCAGAUUCGGGACAUCCUUCUCCGCGCUCGCCGGCGCCGCGUUCUCCCGCCCGCGUCGCGCGGCAGCCCGACGAGCGGCAGUGUGCCCCUCCCGGAUGCGCCCGGGGUGGACACAACGCCCGAGGGCCUCCCGCUCGACUUUUUCCUUGCCGAGCAGCUGUUUGGGGACGCGGACGCGGUGGUCACGCAGCCGGAUGAGACACUGGCGCUCGACGCCUGGUUCCCCUACCCCCCGCUGGAGUACAGUCCGGACGGGAGUGGAUGGGCGUAGUAUGGUGUCGCAGAAGAGAAGGUUCGGGGAGGGGGUAAGGGGAGAAGUGGUAAAGAGUGCGAAGGGGGGAAGGUUGGAGGAUACAUGGAGUGAGAUAAGGAUGGAGGGUACCAGCGUGGAAGGGUGGUGAGUGGCGGGCAGGAGAAACUCAAGCGGGACCCAGGAUGCUGGGAAUCCUGGGAACUGAAGCGGGAGUUGGAGCGACACAAGCAUCCAAAAGCGGGACAUGAGGAGGAGAUAGACAGUUGUGCAGUCUUUUCGAUAGUCGGGAACACAAGCCCCCCGCCGCCACGGCGCUGCAUGCAUUUGGAACGCCACCAGGGCUGAUGACCGGGCAUGAGGCGUUUCCGCCGCAGAGAUUCGACAAGCGAUGCUCGCCGGGUUACGUUUCACACUGUGGUACCAGACGGAAGCCACCUGGUCUGCCGAUCGGCGGUUCCCCGCCUGUAGACAGACGGAGUUGUUAAACAGUUGAUGCAGAGAC